UUGUAGCCUCGCUGCUCUCGAGGCGGAUAAUUAGCCCAAGAAACACUAUAUUCAUUUUUCUGGAUAUGCCGCAGAAGGAUCCGUGCCAGAAACAAGCCUGUGAAAUACAGAAAUGUUUACAAGCCAACAACUACAUGGAAUCUAAGUGUCAGGCUGUCAUCCAAGAACUGCGUAAGUGUUGUGCUCGAUAUCCCAAGGGAAGAUCUCGCGUCUGUUCAGGAUUUGAGAAAGAAGAAGAAGAAAAGCUGACGCUGAAGCCCACAUGACAGUAAAGUUCUGCUGAGAAGCAAACUGCUGCCCCACAUUUCCACCACGCGGGUUUUAUCUAUCCUCCUGACUCUUUCUUCAGGCCAGGUAGCAGCAAAUAUCAAAUGAAAAAGUCAACUAUAAAAGUUAACAUGCCAUCUAUGCAGAACAAAUAUAAAUAUAUUAAACAAAUAAGUAGAAUGUGAUAAAACUGA